AUGAAGGAGCACGAGACAACGGGUGCUUGUCAAAGAAAACCGACGAAACUGAGGAACCUCAUCUAUAAGACUGAAGCCUUUGAUUCUUUACACGCAAGAAAUGCAGAGAGAACAUUAUGCUCUGGUCGAGUAUGUCUCGGUAGCGUUAUGCAGCUACCGAAUCAUGGAACGGAGCCCCGUUCGAGAGAAGAAAUUCUUGUGCACGCAAAAGAUUUCCUUGAGCAAUACUUUUCUUCCAUCAGGAGAUUAAAUAGCGAGGCACAUCAUUAUCGUUGGGAAAGUGUGAAAAAGGAAGUAAUAGCAACGAAUACUUAUCAAUUAACGGAAACGGAAUUGGUUUUUGGUGCUAAGUUAGCGUGGCGUAAUGCUGCAAGAUGCAUCGGUCGUAUUCAGUGGUCUAAGUUACAAGUAUUUGACUGCCGUUAUGUCACGACAACUAGCGGCAUGUUUGAAGCUUUGUGCAAUCACAUAAAGUACAGCACGAACAAAGGAAACAUCAGAUCUGCGAUAACAAUAUUUCCACAACGUACAGACGGAAAACACGAUUAUAGGGUGUGGAAUCAACAGCUGAUUAGCUAUGCGGGUUAUAAGAAUCCAGACGGUACCAUAAUCGGCGAUCCCGCAAACGUUGAGUUUACGGAGUUAUGCAUAAAACUAGGUUGGAAAGGUGCACGGACUCGUUUUGAUAUAUUGCCAUUGGUAUUAUCAGCAAAUGGCCACGAUCCUGAUUAUUUCGACAUUCCAAGCGAACUUGUUCUUGAAGUUUCCCUUAGUCAUCCCACAUACGAUUGGUUUGAAAAGUUAGAAUUAAAAUGGUUUGCUGUUCCCGCUGUAUCUGGAAUGGUGUUCGACUGUGGAGGAUUGGAGUUUACAGCCGCACCAUUUAAUGGAUGGUACAUGAGCACUGAAAUUGGAGCUAGAGAUUUGUGUGAUGUCCAACGAUACAAUUUACUAGAGACAAUUGCAACGCAUAUGGAACUAGAUACGAGAACGUCCACUUCGCUAUGGAAAGAUAAAGCUAUGAUAGAAGCUAAUGUUGCUGUGUUACAUAGUUUUCAAAUGAAAAACGUGACGAUUGUAGAUCAUCACACUGCUUCUGAAUCUUUCAUGAAACAUUAUGAAAAUGAAAUGCGAUUGAGAAACGGUUGCCCAGCUGAUUGGCUAUGGAUCGUACCACCGAUAUCAGGAUCGGCUACGCCUGUAUUCCAUCAGGAGAUGGCUCUUUAUCAUUUGAAGCCAUCUUAUGACACUCAGGAUCCUGCAUGGAAAACACAUGUUUGGAAAAAAGGUAGAGACAAAAGAUCAACGUCCAAGAAACCCAGACGAAAGUUCCAUUUCAAACAAAUCGCAAGAGCUGUAAAAUUUACAUCCAAGUUAUUUGGAAGAGCUCUGUCCAGAAGGAUAAAAGCUACAGUAUUAUUUGCCACGGAAACUGGCACAUCACAAAUGUACGCUGAAAAACUUGGUGAAUUAUUAGGACAUGCUUUCCAUUCCCAGGUACUCUCCAUGUCGGAUUAUGAUAUCAGUAACAUAGAACAUGAAGCUCUAUUGUUGGUUAUAACAUCCACCUUUGGAAACGGCGAUCCUCCAGAAAAUGGCGAAGCUUUCGCUCAAAAUUUGUACGCAAUGAAAAUGAAUGAAACAUACAUUAACAGUGGCAAUAAAAUAAGUUUAGCAACUUCAAAAUCAUUCAUCAAAGCAAAUAGUCAAUCUGAAGUAAGCAAUUCGAAAAAAUUAGAUAGAUUGGACUCCCUUCGGGGUUCUACCACGGACUCUCAAACGGAAGACACUUUUGGACCCUUGAGUAACGUCAGAUUUGCUGUUUUCGCAUUGGGCUCAUCCGCAUAUCCAAAUUUUUGUGCAUUCGGUCGUUACGUGGAUAACUUGUUAGGAGAAUUAGGUGGAGAACGACUAUUGAAAUUGGCGCAAGGAGAUGAGAUGUGUGGACAGGAACAGGCUUUUCGAAAAUGGGCAGCUGACACUUUCACUGUUGCUUGCGAGACUUUUUGUUUAGAUGACGACGAAACUUUGCUCGCAGUUGUUUUGUCUUUAGGGUCUGAAGCCCUCUCUGCAGCAACUGUUCGUUUCGUAGAAGCAGAACCUCAACCAAUUGGAAAAGCACUAAGUAAAUGUCAUAACAGAAACGUCACUACUUGUAACAUGUUCCGAAAAACAAAUUUAAGUGGCGAUUUAUCAAGUGGAACUACGUUACUUUUGGAACUCGAUGAUAUAGCAAGUAUGGAAAUACCAUAUAAACCUGGUGAUCAUUUGGGAGUUUUUGCGUGCAAUAGACCAGAAUUAGUAGAAGGAACUUUGAAACGAAUUCAAGCUCCUUUUGAUCCAGAUGUACCAAUUGAGUUACAAAUGCAGAAGCAAUCUCAUACUCCAAAUGGUAUUGUGAAAACAUGGAUGACACAUGAUAGAUAUUUACCUAAUUCUUUGAGAAUGUUGUUAACAAGAUUUUUGGAUAUCACAACACCACCAACACCAAACGUUCUCAGAUAUUUUGCAUCGAUCGCUACGAACCCAACAGAGCAAGCUCAACUCAAUCUUUUAGCUUCUGAUUCGGCAGCGUAUGAGGAUUGGAGACAUUGGAAAUUACCUAAUUUGUUGGAAGUAUUAAAUGAAUUUCCAUCCGUGAAACCUUUUGCGCCAUUAUUACUUCUUCAUUUAACUCCGUUGCAACCAAGAUUUUACAGCAUCUCUUCCUCCCCAGAUGUACACCAAGGACAAAUACAUCUUACUGUUGCUGUUGUACAGUAUAAAACACAAGGUGGUUCUGGGCCAAUACAUUAUGGAGUUUGUUCCAAUUACCUACGUGAGAUAUCGGAUGGAGAACCUCUGUAUGUAUUUGUACGUAGCGCGCCUAACUUUUACAUGCCAACCGAAACAAAAGCACCGAUGAUACUGGUUGGUCCUGGAACCGGAAUUGCUCCCUUCCGUGGUUUUUGGCACCACCGCCUUGCACAAAUGAAGCAUCGAUCAGAUCUUGAAUAUGGAAAGGUCUGGUUGUUCUUCGGUUGCCGUCAAAAGACCUUAGAUUUAUACAGACAAGAGAAAGAAGAAAUGGUAAAAGCCGGUGUUCUAGAUAAAGUAUUCUUGGCUCUUUCUCGAGAACCUGGACUGAAAAAGACAUACGUACAAGAUUUGAUACAAGCAGAAGCUCCACAAAUUUACGAUAUGUUAGUGUAUGAAGGUGGUCACUUUUAUGUUUGUGGGGAUUGCACAAUGGCAGAGGAUGUUUACCAAACCUUGAAGCACAUUAUUCAGACUCACGGUGAAAUGACAGAUAAACAAGUUGAAGCGUACAUGUUAUCAUUACGCGAUGAAAAUCGUUAUCACGAAGAUAUAUUUGGCAUUACCCUAAGAACGGCAGAAGUGCAUCAUCGAUCAAGGGAAACAGCAAGAAGCAGAAUGGCUGCAGAACCUUAA